UGCCUGUGUACAUUUUUUAAAAUCUACUAUGAAAACCUGAAACUUACAGCGUGGUUACGUUUCUAAGCUUAUAGCUCUUCAAGGUUAGUGCUUCUUCAUCUGUGGCAUCGAGCGGUCGAGCUACCCUACUUGAUCCACAAUGAAGUCAGCUUACUGGAUGUCCAUGUUGUUGCUGAUUUGUCACCAUGCAGCCGCUUCACACAUACUUAUGAUAACACUUGGGGGAACUCGCAGCCAUAAGGUGCCGUUCAUAGCUCUAGGUCAAGGUCUUGUGUCUCGGGGUCACAACGUCACCCUCCUAAGUGCCUUCCCUUCAGGCACCAACAACCCUCCCCCAGGACCUCAUGUAGUGGAGAUCACCCCUCCUACUCUAGUAGAGGCUGUAGAAGGAUUCAGUCACAUGGACCCCCUCGGGAAAAAGCUGAAAGGCCAGAGCGCAUACUCUGUAUUGGACGUAUUCAACUUUGCUUACAAGAUUUGUGAUGCUUUCUUCACAUCAACAGAAACUCAACAGCUUCUCUCUACGAAGGUGGAUCUCCUGAUUCUAGAUGGUGCGUUCCCAGAAUGCUUGAUCGGACUGUCAGUCCAUUUCCACUGUCCUUUUGUCUUCCUCAAUACUGUUGCAUUCCACACCAUACAGUUCUCCCUGAGCGGAAACCCUGUUCUUCCUUCUGUUACUCCCUUCCUGGACUCUCCCUACUCCGACAGGAUGGACCUUUGGGAGAGGACCAUUAACGGAGUCUACCAUAUAGCUGGACAGGCUAUAUCAGUAAUUCUCAACAAGGUAUUUGUGGAACCAGUGGUCAGAAGACAUCUUGGAACAAACAUUCCACCAAACAGUUUGGUAGGGAGGAAUGUCAGCUUGAUCUUACAAAAUGGACAUCACACCAUAACCUACCCUCGCCCCUUCUUGCCUGGGGUGGUAGAAACAGCUUGUAUACACUGUACUGCACCUCAACCUCUAUCACAGGAGCUGGAAGAGUUUGUGAGAGGAGGAGCUAGUAAAGGUUUCAUCUACGUCAGUUUCGGCACGUCGCUGAGAUCGGCGCAAGUUCCGCCACAACUACGUCAGCUGAUAGUAAAUGUACUCGGCACACUGCAGCAUCAGGUGUUGUGGAAAUACGAGAACAACAACGAGACACUUGAGCUGCCUCCCAACGUGAGGAUCAGCAACUGGUUCCCUCAGCAGGACCUGUUAGGUCACCCGAUGAUCGUUGGGUUCGUCAACCACGGAGGUCUGCACGGACUGAUGGAGGCAGUUUACCAUGAGGUGCCCAUGGUGUUGCUGCCCAUCUUCUGUGAUCACUCGGCCAACAGUCGUAAGGCCAAGGAUGACGGAUACGCUGAGAUCCUGGAGUGGCAAAACCUUACGGAGGAGGUUCUCAGAUCUACUAUCAUCAAGGUUGUGACGGAUAAGAGAUACAAAGAGAGAGUCAGACACAGGUCAGUGCUACUCAAAGAUCAGCCUGAGUCACCUCUGCUGAGAGCUCUCUACUGGGUAGAGUACGUACUCAGACACAAGGGAGCUCCGCAUCUACAGAGUCCAGCCAAGGAUCUGUCAGUUACCCAGUACUACAUGCUGGACUCUCUAGCAGUCCUGGGUGUCCUGAUAUAUUGUGGUGUUAAACUGACUCAAGCCACAGCCACUAUCUUUACCAGGAAACCUGCCAAGUUUAAAUUAAAUUAGAAUUCUUAA